AUGAACAAGGCCGUCAAGGAGCUCCUCAAGACCGCUAUGAAGCAGGACCGCGUUUGUGCGAUCUUGGAGGAGUCAGAGGUCGAAGCCAUCCUCUCCACUAUGGAGUACUUUGAGUUUGAGCAGGGAAGUCUCAUCGUGGAGCAGGGAAAGAUGGGCACCACCUUCUUCGUCACCGACACGGGAACCCUGGAGGUCUCCGUGAACGGUAACGUGGUCAAUACCCUCAAAGAGGGCAAGGCUUUUGGAGGCCUGGCAUUGCUCUACAACUGUCCCAGGACAGCCACUGUGCAAGCUCUGAGCAAAGCGGGUGUAUGGGGAGCGAAUGGCAACAAUUUCAAGCAGGUGCUUGCGCAGAAUGCAGCCAACCGCCAGGCUGACAACCUGAAGUUCCUAGACUCCAUCAAGGUUUUCGACGGCCUCAAUCAGAAACAGAAGGACCAGAUCGCUCUUUCUGCUUUCUCCGAGGCCUUCGAGGCGGGCCAACGCGUGGCGACCCAAGGGGAAUCCCUGGCGGCUAUCUACUUCGUGAAACGCGGCGGGCUCUCUGUGAUGUCUGGUGGCGAAGUGAAGGCAGACGGCAAGUUCCAGGGCGGUGUGCAGGCACAGAAGCUCUCGUCCGGCGAGUACAUCGGCGCCGCACUUCUGCUGAGUCAGAAACAGCGCCCUAGCUGGGAUCACACGCUCCUGGCAGAUGCAAAGACAGAGCUGCUCUGCAUCAGCGUGAAGGAUCUGAAGGAGGUGUUGGGCAAUGACUUGGGUGGCAUCCUUGAGUCCGCCCUGGUGCAGAAGGGUUUGAGGAUGUGCCCCGUGAUGUCACAGUUCUCGUCCACCCAGCGGAAUGACAUCGCGAAGUCGGUGGUCAUCAAGGACCUGAAAUCUGGGGGUGCUUUGCCCGACGGUGUGCGCUAUGUCAUUGUGCUGGAGGGUACAAUCAGCGGCAUGCACAAAGAAGAACAGGUGCAAGGGCUGGGUGGGAGCAUGUGCGGCUUUGAGCAAAAAGAGCUCAUAACACGCAUGCUUAUGCUCCUGAAAGAGCUCGUCCCGGCGAUGCAAGCCGUUUCCAAAGCCCCGCGUGGAGCUUUUGCCUCCGCCCUGCGUUUCUUUUUUGGUCUUGCUGUAACGGCCCUGGUGCUGCUGGCUUUGACUUCCCAGGAAAGUUCCUCAGCUGCUGGGCAGCGCACGGAACCGGUUCCAGAGAGGUCCGCUCCUCCAGAGCCUGAGCCCAGAAGAGCCUCCAACGCCCUUCGGAGUGUGGCUCGACGGGAGGAAAAUAGUAUCUCUGGAAAAGCACCUCUGGAGGGGGCAGGAGACCCUGGGCUCGCAGCUUCUGGGAGUCCACCGGAAACGAUAGGAAGCCCUGCCGCUCCUACAGCUCCUGCCGCCCCCGCAGUUGCUGCGCUUGGCGCGGUUCCCUCGAUCCCCGAAGUCUCGGCCGCGACUACUGCGACGGCCGAAGCAGCAGCACCUGCAGAAGCUGCGACACCUGUUGCAGAUGCGGCACCUGCCGCUUCAGCCGCAAACGAUGUCCCCAGUGUGGCUGCCCUUGUCUCAGGGCCAAGUUGGGGCAUCCAUGGCUGGAAUGACUCUGUCGCGACACCUGUGGGCAAGCCACCUCCGCCAACCGGUCGCGUGGCCUAUGCCUGGUAUUUGGCAGGCGAGCCCAGGCAAUUUGAGGAUUAUGCGUGUGCCAUCCUUGUCAAUGCCUGGUUUAUCAAGCAGAACGGAUUGAGGCCCAAUGCGGAUAUGGUUGUGGUUCACUUCGAGGAGGUGCCGCGUCGCGCUCGCUUUGAGAAGCUGGGCAUCAAGCUUAUCAAGGUGCAGCAGACCACCAGCAAAGGCAUGUACCAGUGGGUGCAGUCUUAUCUCAAGCUUCGAGUGGCCAGUUUGUACCAAUACGACCGCAUUAUCUACAUGGAUGCUGACAGCUUUCCUAUCGGCAGCCUGGACAACUUGUUUGACUUGGCCAACUUUCCGGUGGAGAUCGCGACACCAUUCUCCUACUGGGAUGGACACGGCGCGAUGAGUGGUGGCCCGAUGGUCAUCGAUCCCCGGCGCAUCUUCUACGACCGGGACUUCGGCAGUGUCCUCGACACCAGCUCAAGCCUCCACCUCGCAUCAGAGAUGGACUGGGUCAACAAACGCUUCAAAGACACGAUCUCCCUGUUACCUGGAUACUACACGAUGCUGAUCGGCGAGUUCUGCGGCGAUGACGGGGUGCACAAGCCUCCAUUUGUCUACAGGCACUGGCAGAAGUACUUUGGGGAAUCUGCCGAGUGGGUGCUGAAACAUGCCACAGUCACCUUGCAGCGUGCACAGUGGCUGGAGGACGGCGGGCUGCUUGAAAGCAACGCCGCUUCGGAGGCCAAGUCGGAGAUCAGGAACUUUGUGGCUGGAUCGAAUGGUGCACGCGUCGGCUACCUGACCAAGGAAGGGCUCCUGGGUGCGCUGAAAGAGCUGGGUCUGGCGGCCAUCGGCAAUGCCGAGGAGGCUUCGGAUCUCACCCGGAAGCUGAUCGUGGCGAAGAAGGUGCACAUCUUCCGUCACCUUUCAAGCGAGCAGAUCAAUAAGUUGGUUCAGUCGUUCGUGCUGCAGCGCUACCGGAAAGGUGCCCAUGUCAUUAAGCAGGGUGAAGUUGGUGCUUCCUUCUUCGUCAUCGCUAGUGGCGACGUCAAUGUCGAGAUCGAUGGAAAAUUCAUCCGUACCAUGACGAAGAACUCCUACUUUGGCGAGCGUGCACUGCUAUUCGAUGAGCCGCGCACAGCCACCGUGGAGGUUUCUUCCCCAGAAGCGGAGCUCUGGUCUAUCGAGAAGUCCACAUUCUCGUCCAUUGUCGCUGGAAAAAUGCAGCAGGAGCUGAUGCACCGCAUCCGCCUCUUUGGAUUUGCAGUUCAAUCGCUGCAGCUAUUUGGCUUGGACAUACCCUUGUCAUCCCAAAUUCCGAUACAUAUCUGUAGCAAGGCGCUCGAACUGUGCAAACAGUCUCCUGCGCCUGAUCUUCGCCUCUCCAAGAAACUACCGGACAUGUCUGCGAAUCCAUCUACGCUCUCUUCCUUCGCGGCGGAGUUCCAGCCAAGUGGUGCUUCUCCUGCGCACUCCAUGCAGAAUCAAUAUUAUUCGUCCUCGGCCACGUACUGCCAGUACCAGGGCCAGGAGCAAAUGCAGCAAGGCGCCAUGACUGGCUACUAUGCGAACACUGCGUAUGGCUACGACUGCUACCAAGAUGUUGCCUACAGCAACGCAGCCUACGGUGGUGAUGCCUAUAAUCAGGGCUACUAUGGAGGCGGCCAAUACACCAAUUCCAAUUUUGGCCACUGUGCCAAAAGCGCUUACAACGGCCGCCCCCGCCACCCUCGUGCAGCUGCAAUCAAUCUCGACGAUUUCUCUGACAUCUCCGAUUCAGAUUCUGAUGCGGAGAUCCCCGCCAAAAUCGCUGCUGCGAAAGAGAAGAAGGUGCCAGACGCCCUGGAGACCUCCAGCGAAGCCAUCUCCGAAGAUGCUGAGCCGGCAGAGGAACCGUCGCCCUGCGCUGCCGAUGAGGCUGCGGGCUUGCUCGAGGGCAAGACUUCCACACCAUCCUCUUGCGAAGAGGACGCCAGCUCAGAGGCGGAGCUCUCCGUCAGCUCCGGUUCCUGCGAGCCGGAAGAGGAGGAGCUUGGCCCCAUGAUCAGCGAAGAAGUGGCCUCAGAUCCGGAGACCGUCUUCAGCCUGAAGCAGAUGCUGAAGUGGCGUGGUGCCGUGUUGAAAUCGGAGGAGGAGCCUCUGAUCCUCUACCGCACCCAGAUCGUCGAAGAGAAGGCCCCUGUGGUCAAGGAGCCGGUGCCUGUGACCAAGACUCCGAAGGGCAAGGCCUCCAGCAAAAGCAAGGCCGGAAAGCUGGAAGUCUCGGAGAAUUCGUGGGCCGCCCAGCAGCGUAAGCUAAAGCUAUCGGAGGUGUCGCAAGACCCCUGUGAGCAAGUGGCACGGACUAUCAAGUCUAUUUUGAACAAGCUAACGCUCGAGAAGUUCGCGGGCCUUUCCCAGCAACUUCUUCAGUGCGGCCUUCGUACCUCCACGCAUGUGGAGGUAUUGAUCCACGAGGUCUUCGAGAAGGCAACGAUGCAGCACCAUUUCAUCGACAUGUACACAGAUCUUUGCGUGCUUCUGCACGAGCACUUUACAGCGCAACCGUUCGAGGAUUGCUCUGGCAAGGCAGACGGGCGUAAGAUGACCUUCAAGAGACUGCUGCUGGACGAGUGCCAGAUGUCUUUCGAGCGCCUGCUGUCGCCACCUGAAGGCCUCGAGCUCCUGGCAGCAGAGGACCGCACGGCGGCCGAGGUCCGCUACAAAACAAGCAUGCUGGGCAACAUCCGCCUCGUGGGUGGCCUCCUCUCGCGUGGCAUGCUUGCCAGCCGGGUCGGCAUCGCCAUCCUUGAGGACACCCGGAGCAGCAAGCCGUGGCUUCGGGAGUGUGGAUGUGUAGCUCGUGUCAUGGGUCUUUAA